UAUAUAUUUUCCUGUAAAAAGUGGGGAUGUGUUGUGAUACUUGUAUGUGUAUAUACCAAUAGACAUCUAAGUGUAAACUGUGUGAGGUAGUAGCUGCAAAGCUAUUAACUUACUUAUAAUUUGGGUGGUUUAAAAUCAAGUCCUAGGAAAUAAUGUCAUGUUUAAUCUCUAAAAGUGUAGCAAGAAGAGCAAACCCAUUCCUAAGCAGUGGAAAGAGCAAUUGAGUCUGCCUGUGACAGCUGCCACCUGGCAUCCUAUUAAACUUAACUCUGUGAAACUGCCAGGCAUAAGUCUUCCCUCAUCCUGGAGAAAGCUAGAGAUGAAAGAAAAAAAUUAUGCUUAGAAGUCAGUUGUGGAAAAGACUUUGAUCUUUACCAUUAAUGUGAAGGUUUUUGCAUUUCUUCCAGAUUCCCCAUUGUCCUUCUGUGGACUAGAAACUCAAAUUGUUUGCUGGAACUUGGCUGGGUGUAAUGAGAAGUGCAAAUUUAUCUUGUUACAUAGUAGGAGAGAGAGCUAGGAAGGUCUGAGAUUUGUUUCCACAGAGAUUACUACAGUUCUUGGAUCAGUAUGUACAGAAGGAGGUGCUUUCUGUGCUAGGUGGCAUGGAAGCAUUAGUUAGUCCCAUGAAAUGAGCAAAAAGACAUUAAUUGUGCAGGAUGGCAGUCCAUCUGCAAGGUUUUGGACAGGCAGUGCCUUGGAUGCAUGUGUGGCCCUGCAGUUUCUGCUGAAUGGAAUUUGUCCCAUAAAAUCUGAUGAAGAGCUGUUACAAAUAGGCAGCUUGAUUGCAUAGCCCUUAUUAAAAAUUCUUGCUGACUCCAGUUAGCCUUGCGUUUACAGAGAGUAACUGGAGAGCAUCAGGAAUGCAGUAGCAGGGUGUCUGUGCAGAAAAUGAGCAUAAUUGCACAAAGGCUGCAUCUUGGCUGGUGAUGUCAGUCAGGACUGGCACAUACAGUUGGUUUUUGGUUUCCUGUUUUGAUUUUUUGCAUAUUUUUUUAAAAUCUGACAUUAAUAAACUAUUUUCUGUAGUGGUAAAUCAUAUUGUUAAAGUGUGAGUCACACAAAUGUGUGCUAAGACCUGUGGUUUCAUACUUGGUGAUAGUGCUGCUUAAUUGACCUGUUUCCUCAUUACCCAUCUCUCAUGCUGGUACAUCUAUGUUUUUGUUCUCCAUUGUGGACUGGAUGCAGCAGGUGACUUGGCUGUAAUGGGCUUAAAGUGUUCAUGACCUGGUGAAAAAGAGGCAAAAGUUGGGUUGGAUCAGAACCUUGAGCAGGUUUGUUACACAAUUACCUGUAGCAGCCUGACGGAGAGCACUGCCAGGAUGGAAACAUCUGGGAGUGGAAGGGAAAGACCACUGCUCCAGCCAAGCACUGCCUUGAAAAGUGGUUCAUCAAACACUGGAGCAGCUUCCUGGCAUAGAAAUACUUCUUAUGUGUUCAAUGGUUUCCAUGUGAUUUCAAAGAACUUUAAAUGAAGGGAACUUCCCUAUCCUAUUCUAAGAAGGAAGGUUUGAUUGUACCUCAUGUAACAAAAAGGAAGGGAAAGUGCAAAGAAGUGAGGCAGGCAGGUUGGCCAAGGUCAGGAAGAACUCUGUGGGAAAGCCAGAAAUAGCACCUUGUGCUGCAGGCCUGUGCCUUGGCUACAAACCCAUCAGUUGGCCCAGGCUGCCUUUGCAAGCUCAUUGUUGAACAGGACCAGCUAUUCAGUGGCUUGUUUUUCACGGGUGUAAAAUAGAAACAGUGCUGAGGACUCCAGAUGCUGCAUACAGGCUCUGGCGCUGCACUGUCUGAAUCCCUUGGCGUGUUCAGACACAGAAGUAUCUGUUGUAAGCCGUGUGAAAUGUCUGCAGAGAGGCUUUAUCACAGUGGCUGGAUGCCUGCAGUAGAACUACUCUAAACCAUUUUCAUGCUGUUUACCUUGGUUUUUUCUAUAAGCAGGCACAGGUCUUAGAGUAAGCGCAUAGGGUCAAUGAAAAGUAAUGGAUUGGCAGAGGCGAGAAUGUAAACCCCGUUAAGGUGGAGCUGCACAGCCUCCGUGGCGGUGUGUAGCCCCUACAACGCAUCUUUAGAGCUAAGGGAACUCAAAGGGAGAGUAAGGGCAGCAGGAUUUAGUCCUUCGUGAUAAUUCUUUAGGGGAGGGAACAGUUUUAGGUCUCUGACGAUAAACACUUUUCCUGCCACAGGCAAUUGUUCAAGCGUAGUUCCAUGUGGAAAGUCUCCUCUUCUGGUCUAAGACUUUUCCUGCGACUGUAGGAGAUAAGCCCGGAGACGCGGAUCCCUCUCGAGCCAAACAACCUCACAGCACCGAGCUCGGUCCCGGGGGGAAGGACCCUCUGCGGCAGCAGCUUCCCGGCUGCCCCGAGCCCUGCCCCGCGGCAGCCGCCCCUUCCCCUCCCGGGGGCGGGCAGCGGCAGCGUUAGGACCCGGCGGCGGCUGCGGGGCGGGGGGGGGAGCGCAGCCCGGCGUUGUUUACCGGGGAGGGGAGCGCCGGGGCAGGUCUCGCCGCGGCGCCGAGCGGAGCCGAGCUGCGCGGCCGGGCUGGCGGCGGCUCCUCGCCCUCCGCGCCGAGGAUGCUGCCCGGGGGUCCGCGGUGGGCGCUGCUGCUGAGCUCGCUGCUGCUGGGGGCCGCCCGCGGCGCCGAGGAAUGCCUCCGCGGCAACGGCGCGUCCUACCGCGGCAGCCGGCAAGUGGCCUCCGGCGGCGCCCCGUGCCUCAACUGGCUGCUGGUGCGGAACGGCCCCGGCGCCGCGCUCCCGGCAGCAGUCGAUGAGGACCACAACAGCUGCAGGAACCCGGACGGCGACGCCGAGCCCUGGUGCUACAUCCAAGGCGCUACUGGGAUCCCCGAGCGGCGAUCCUGCGACAUCGCCCAGUGCUCAGAUGCUACAGCUAGCACAGCCCCAGUCCCUACAGCAGAAGCUGGUACUUCCCAGGAGGAUGAGCAGGUGUUUGAACCAGCUGACACCUUGCCCUCCCGGAGCGAGGCAGCCGCGGUGCAGCCCGUCAUUGGGAUCAGUCAGAGAGUACAGAUGAACUCCAGGGAAAAGAAGGACUUAGGGACUCUAGGUUAUGUGCUGGGGCUGAUCAUGAUGGUGAUAAUCAUUGCCAUCGGGGCUGGCAUUGUCCUGGGAUACAUCUAUAAGAGGGGGAAAGACCUGAAGGAGAAGCACGAACAGAAGGUUUAUGAGCGUGAGAUGCAGCGCAUCACGCUGCCCCUGUCAGCCUUCACCAACCCCACGUGCGAGCUGGUGGAUGAGAACACCAUCGUGGUGCACACGGACCCGACGCCCGUGGAGGACACGCGGGACGGCGGCGGCCCCCUCAUGGGGCAGGCCGGGACUCCUGGGGCCUGAGCAGCUCAGGCAGGAGUGCUACAGGCUGAGCAAAGCCUCCAGCUUCCCACUGUGAGUGCAGGGGUUGCGUGUGUUCAUUUCUAUUUUGUUUUCUUUUUGAUGAACGCCGGAGGAAGGUGAAGCAGAGGAGCAGAGCAGUGGGCUAUUCAUCAUGUUUGAGGGGCACCGUUCAGCGCGUGACCAGCUGGGGACUGGUGUGGUGGACCUGCUGCUUCUUCCCACCUAUCUCCGUGGUGUGCCAAGGAGCUGGGGGGGAUGAUGGGCCAGGCUUACAACUGGCCACAGAUCCUGUAGCCUAGAGUGUGGUCGUGGCUUCCUCUUUCUAUGUUCUUUUCCUAUUUAAUGGUGUGCACUGUUACUUAAGUUACAGCCUGGAGCCUCAGGAGAGAACAGUACUGCAGGGACUGAGGGGAGCUUCAUGUCAGAUUUAGCUAGAUAAUUACACUCUGAUUAGAGUUACUGCCUUUUUGCUUUAGUGGCUGAGAGCUGGAAUCACUGUCCAGAAUCCAGCUACUGGAUCAGGUUUUUUUCCAAGGAAGAGCUUAUUUGAGGGAUGUCUUUGGCCAGAAGCAGAAUGUUUAGCCCUAGUGCUCUCCUCAAGCUCUUGAAAAAUCCAGGUCUUCCAGGGCUGAGGCCACUUCUCCAUUCCCCUGUGGUGCUACAUGCAUAGCCACAGUUUUAGGUGUCCAGGAGGUCUGUCUGUACCUCCUGCUCACUUACACUGAUCAGGAAAGCAGGGGUGAGUGGUAGACAGUUUGGAGUGAAAAAAAUGAAACUGCCCUUCAGUUACUUACAGCAGGUUAAACACUGAGGAUAGAUAAUAUCCUCUUUUGAACACCUUGGCUUCCUACAGAGUCAGUGCUGGACAGAGUGGCCAAGCUGUGGAGGUCACCCUGCUGACAGUGCAGCAGUUCUGGCUCUGAGGGCAGAACAGGGCAGCUGUUUUGUAAGAUACUGAAGUUCUGGUGUGGCGCCUGGCCCAGCCUCAGUCACACACUCAGCUUGUGCAGCAAGACUACUUACUUACAGAGCCUGGUCCUAUUAGAGAGGUUUUGUAACAACUUUUAUUAGCAUUUCAGGGGGUUUGGAAGGGAUGGUUGCUGCAGUGUCUCCCUAAUGGCACCAAGGCAAGGCCAGUUCAGGGAAACAUCUGUCCCCGCUUCAGGGGAUUCAAGCCAUUCAAGUAAGUUUUGUAGCCAUCUGCUUUAUAGCUGUGGGCUUAACAGGGAGCAGCACUUGGCAGCAGGGGUUUUAGUGUUAACGUUUGAUUCAGAAAAGGGAAAUACUUUAUUUUUAAAGGCCUUUGAAUACCAUUUCUUUGUAAAAUGUUUUAAAUACCUCAUUAUGAGAAGGUACAGACUGUGCUGCCUUGUAUUAAAGCUUAAAAGAAGAAUGCUCUGUA